AAUAUCGAGGUUAAAGCUGAUAAUGUAAAGUUGAAGCAAGCUUUAGAAAAGUAUGAAGUAAGAUUCAUAAAUCUGGAACAGAGAGAUACAGAAACCAUUAAUAAUAUCUUGCAGGAAUAUAAAGGUAUUACAAAUUCUACCGAAAAUUUGACUUUAGUAAAUGAAUUAGUACAAGGUUUAUUACAAGACUUUACCUCACAUAAUAAUCAAUGUUGGGAAUCUAUAGAAAUAACCAGUCCCACAUCCAUACCAGAAAACCUUCAGAAGCUCGCACAUUAUUUUAUCAGGCAAGUAUCGUUAGAAAAAAUUCAAUUAAUACAAAAUGAGAAGAAAUUUUAUUUUGGGGUCACUAUUCUGAAAGAUAUGAAGAUAAGGUUAUAG